AAUAACAUCGGUCCACCUGUCAUCUGUACAGCUUGAAAGAAUAACAGUGAAAGAAAAUGGCUUCUGCUUUUGUCUGCAGUCUGCACAACGAGAAACUAAACCUCUUCUGUCUAGAUGAUCAACAAAUGGUGUGUCUGGUGUGUCGGGAUUCAAGAAAACACACCAACCACAAAUUCUGCCCUGUUGAUGAGGCAGUAACUGACUGUAAGGAGGAGCUGCAAACUGCACUGAAGCCCCUACAGGAGAAACUGAAGAUCUUUCAAGACUGUAAACUGAACUGGAGUCAGACUGCAGAACAUAUAAAGAUUCAGGCCCAACACACAGAGUGUCAGAUUAAGGAGGAGUUUGAGAAGCUUCACCAGUUUCUACGAGAUGAAGAGGCAGUCAGGCUCACUGCACUGAGAAAGGAAGAAGAGCAGAAGAGUCAGAUGAUGAAGGAGAAGAUUGAGAAGCUGAGCGGAGACAUAUCAUCUCUUUCAGAUACAAUCAGAACCAUAGAAGAGGAGAUGGGAGCCGAAGACGUCUCAUUCUUACAAAACUACAAGGCCACAGUGAAAAGAGCCCAGUGCACACUGCAGCAUCCAGAGGAGCUUUCAGGAGCACUGAUCCAUGUGGCAAAACAUCUGGCCAACCUGAAGUUCAGAGUCUGGGAGAAAAUGCAGGAUGCUGUCCAAUACACACCUGUAAUUCUGGACCCCAACACUGCUCAUCCUAAACUCACUGUAUCUAAUAAUCUGACCAGUGUGAGACUCAGUGUUGAGAAACAGAAACUUCCUGAUAAUCCAGAGAGAUUUGAUGAAUUUUCAUGCAUUCUGGGAUCUGAGGGCUUUAACUCGGGGACACACUGCUGGGAUGUCAAAGUGGGAGACAGUACAAUGUGGGCUGUUGGUGUAAUGACAGAAUCUGCUCAGAGGAAGGGUAAGAUAAACUCCAGAAGUGGACUCUGGUAUGUGAGACAUUAUGAUGGCACAUACAGAGCAGGUUCUACACCAGAGCUAUCGACUUCCCUCUCAGUAGCACAGAAACUCCAGAGGAUCAGAGUGCAGGUGGACUGGGAUGAAGGAACACUGUCAUUUUCUGACCCUCUCACUAACACACACAUUCACAUGUUCACACACACAUUUACUGAAAAAUUACUGCCAUUUAUAAAUGUUGAAGUGUCUCCACUGAAGGUCCUCUCACAUCAGUGCUCGGUAAGAGUGAGUCCAUUCAUUUAGAGUUAUUUAAUUCAGUAUUUAAACAAUGUUUAAAUGGAUUUUAUUGAUGACUUUUAAUGGAUUAAAGCUUACAACAAGAGUCUGAUGAUGUCAGUGGUUCGCCGGCUUCAUGCAGUUAUUGUAUAACCAAAUAUAUAUAUGUUAUUUACCAGCUGGGAGGUCCGUAUCGUGAAAUACCGUGACCGAGGUCUUGAAAGUACUGAGCGAGGCCCUCUGGGCCGAGGUCAGUAUUCAAGGCCGAGGUCACGGUAUUUCACCAUAUGGACCGACCUUAAGCUGCACUGUAAACCCUGAUAAGUUGAGUUUACUCAAACAGUGUUUGGAAACUGGUUGCCUUGAAAUUUAUAGUACAUUAAACUUCAGAUGUCUUGUAAAUGUAAAUUGCUUUACCAUGCAGCAUGAACUAACCAUUUUAAGUUUUUUGUACUUAAAAGCCUGAUAAGUUGUAUUUACUCAAACAGUGUUGGGAAACUGGUUGCCUUGAAAUUUAUAGUACAUUAAACUGAAAUAUGUUUAUUUGAUUGAACUUAAUAUUUAAACUUUCCUAGAAUUCAUCUUUAGUGAUUAUACUUUACAUUUUAACUUAACAAGAAUUCGAUUUACCUGUUAAAGCAAUAAAACAAAUGACAGUGUAUAAAGUUUUUCCAUUGCAUUUGUAUUUUAUUAACAAGAAGUGCACAAUAAACAUUGAAACAUGAAACAUGUUUUUUCUUUAACCAGAUAUGUGCUAACAUUAAUACGUAGCCCCUUAACAUUCCCCGUACUGCCAGCGGGACGCUGUAUACUUACAUUAUCCGAAAAGUUUUCAAAAAAAAAAGUGUCUCAUUCCAAAUCCAGAGAGCUCUCCACAGUGACAAACGCAACUUAGCCAACAGAUGGAAAUGACGUGAAAUUGGUAAAAUACCACCUGUAACUAUCAAACUGUAAAACACGCGAUUUCCACUGCUCUUAAAGUUAAAACAAACAUUCCCACCGACAGUCAGGAUCCAAAAUACUAAGUUCAGAGAACAAACGUUGGCUGAAGCUCACUCUGAAUUUUACCAAACCUCACGUAACUGCUGCUGAUGUGUGAAAGUUAAAAUGGUGGCUUCACAACUCUGCGCAGAUUAAAAAAGAGGUGUGGUCAUGACUAAAACUAGGAAUUUUAAGGCCAUUCAACUUAAACUUAUUAACACUUUUGACUAUGUGUACAAAUUAGUAGAAUAUACUUAAUAUUUUU